UUGUGAAUGUUGUCCCUAGAAAAAAAGAUGACAAAAAAGACGAGAAAAAAGACGACAAGAAGGAGGAGAAGAAAGAUGACAAAAAAGACGCAAAGAAGGAUGACAAGAAAGAUGACAAGAAGGAUGAAAAAAAGAAAGAGGAACCCCCAAAAGAGGUGUGGAUCAUGGACCCCGCCACUGAUAUGUACUACAGAUGGCUGACCCUUGUUUCUGUACCCGUGUUCUACAAUCUAAUGCUUUUGGUGCCAAGGGCCUCCUUCAACGAUUUACAGACAAACUACCGAACGACGUGGCUUGUUCUGGAUUAUAUUUCAGACGCAAUCUAUUUAGCUGACACUUUUGUGAGAUCCAGGACAGGUUUUCUAGAACAAGGAUUGCUUGUGAAGGACCAGAAGACACUAAUAGACUUAUACAAAAAGACACCCCAAUUCAAACAUGACAUGCUAUCAUUAUUUCCCACUGACUUCGUUUUUUUAAUAAUUGGUAUUGACAACCCGGAAUUACGAUUUAAUCGGCUUUUCAAGAUGGCACGUCUUUUUGAGUUUUUUGACAGGACGGAAACGCGUACCAACUUCCCCAACAUUUUCCGAAUCUCCAACCUUGUUCUUUACAUCAUUAUCAUCAUUCACUGGAACGCUUGUGUCUAUUUUGCCAUCUCCAAAACUCUCGGUUUCGGAUCAGACACUUGGGUGUAUCCAAACAUCAGCCAUCCCGAGUACGGGCGACUGGCCAGAAAGUACAUCUACUGCCUUUACUGGUCCACACUCACCUUGACCACUAUUGGAGAAACGCCACCUCCUGUUAGAGACAUCGAGUACCUGUUUGUGACGUGCGAUUUCCUCACUGGAGUGCUGAUCUUUGCUACCAUUGUGGGUAAUGUUGGUGCCAUGAUAUCCAACAUGAACGCCGCCCGUGCAGAGUUCCAGUCCAAGAUCGACUCCAUCAAGCAGUACAUGGAGUUCCGUAAGGUCACCAAGGACAUGGAGACCAGGGUGGUCAAGUGGUUCGACUACCUGUGGACGGAGAAGAAGACGUGCGACGAGAAGGAGGUGCUGAAGAACCUUCCGGACAAGCUGAAGGCCGAGAUCGCUAUUAACGUGCAUCUGGAGACGCUGAGCAAGGUGCGCAUCUUCCAGGACUGCGAAGCCGGCCUGCUGAUCCAGCUGGUGCUGAAGCUGCAGCCUCAGGUCUUCAGUCCUGGGGACUACAUCUGCAAGAAGGGCGACAUCGGCAGAGAAAUGUAUAUCAUCAAGGCAGGGAAGCUGGCCGUGGUGGCGGACGACGGAGUCACUCAGUUUGUAGUUCUCGGUGACGGCGCCUACUUUGGAGAAAUCAGCAUCCUGGGUAUCAAGGGGAGCAAGGCAGGCAAUCGAAGAACGGCCAACAUCCGGAGUGUAGGCUACUCAGACCUCUUUGCCCUCUCCAAGGAUGAUCUGAUGUCGGCGCUGACUGACUACCCAGACGCUAAAGGAGCGCUGGAGGACAAGGGGAGGGCCAUCUUGAUGAAGGACAACCUCAUUGACGAAUCAUUGGCCAAUGCCGGUGCCGAUGCUAAAGAUAUGGAAGAUAAAGUCAACUUUCUUGAGAGCAGCUAUGAGCUCAUGCAGCUGAAGUUUACCAAGCUGAUGGCAGAGUACACUAACUACCAGAACAAAAUCAAGCAGCGGAUCACUAACAUGGAGAACAGGGUCAAACCCCUGAGAGUUGAGGACAAAUAGGUGCAUGGCCGUAUUACCUAAAUACAGGAGACACUACUUCAAUCUACUCACUUCAUGUCUUCAUAGCGUGUGAGGCUUUCAUAGUGGCUCAUACUCAGACACAAAGGGCGGAGCAAAACCCAACCUAUCUCCGUCACAGCCACCUAUCUCCGUCAGAUCACAGACGGUUGACAUAACCUGCAUUCUGUUACUCAGCUGGUACGAUGCAAGACAAAGUAAUUAAUACAUAAAACACUCAGAGACUGCAGGUAGGUCUGUUCUGAUAUC